AUGGAGAUGAGUCAGGAAGUAUACGAAAAUGCAGGAGUUACUGCACAGAAAACAUCUCACUCAGAUGAAGGCACUUAUGAGGAUGAGUUGAACUUGGAGACUCGACCCAACGCUGCAUGGAGCAGAUGGUACAGACUGACUGUAGUGUGUGUGAUGCUGCUGUGCGUUCUCCUGCUGAGUGCCGUCAUGGUGCUGUUGAUCAAAUUCAACAACCUGAAUACAGAAAACAACCAGCUGCAGACCAGUUACACCAACCUGACUACAGAGAGAGACCAGUUACUGUGGGAGAAAUUUGGCCUAUACAGUGUACUUCAUAGACUUGGAUGGAGAGUUUUCAGAUCGAGCAUUUACUACAUUUCUACUGAAAGGAAGAACUGGACUGAGAGCAGACAGGACUGCACAGAGCGAGGAGCAGACCUGGUGAUCAUAAACAGCAGAGAGGAACAGGGGUUCAUAAGGAAAUACUUUAGCAGUACUGAAGCUUGGAUUGGUCUGACUGACAGUAAGAGAGAGGGAGAUUUUAAAUGGGUAGAUGGUUCACCACUGACCACUCAGUUCUGGUUGCCUGGAGAACCCAAUGAUGCUGUAAUCGGAGAGGACUGUGUUGUAACAAUCUUUAGAGUUGCUAAAUCUACCCUGUCGACCUGGGUUGAUUAUCCCUGUGGCGUAGCUGUAGCUUGGAUUUAUGAGAUGAAGAUGUUCUCAUCUCAGGUGGCUGAUACAGCUGUUGCAAAAGCCGUGUAUCAGUUGUUUCAACUGCAUUGA